AUGAAGCAGUCGAAUACGUUUACGUAUAGAGUCCUUGCCAAGACGAUCCUCUCGUUAUUAGUCCUAAUAUGCGCAGUGCUCGGUAUAUAUGCUAUAUCUGCAACCAGUGAAGACACAUUCGACUUCUUGGACUUGCCCACUGCGUUCACAUUCCCAGGGCAUAUACAGCAUGAGAGUGCAAGACCAGAGUGGUAUCCUGCUCGUUUCUAUGGCAACCAUGGUUUAGACGAGGAGGAAGAGGAACCCCCUGCAUUUGGUAUAGGUAACGACAGCAAAGAGAAGAUAGAUUCGGUAUUUAAAGAGGAUGAUAAGCAUGCAGAUAAGUUAGAAUAUACGGCCGAAACAGGCUCUAAACAACCCGUGAACGAUGGCAAGGGCGAUAGCAAUGAGUCAAUAUCUACGUCAAAUUCACAGGCGGACAUCAAUGAGAAGAACAGUCUGAACUUGGAGAAGACAAGCAGCUUAAGUGAGAACGAACCGAUUGUCCCGGACGUCAGUGAGGAAGACCAGAGACAGGGGAGUGGUAUAGCUGCAAGUACUAUUGUUGCACCUAAAAUAGAUACCAGCAAGACUGAAAGUCGAGGCGGCUUAGCGGAUGUGGGUACUGCAGUUGACGCUGGGAGUGGUGAUGCUGAUCUUAUAAAUACCAACAACACUAAAGGUCCGGGCUUAGCGGACGAUGGUACUACUGUGGGUGUUGGUGGCAAGGUACGUUCAGGGACAGAGGCGGCUGUAGAGGUCAAGCCAGAACAGUCAACGCCUGGCGAUGUAAGGGAGAGUUUGGCUACUUUGGUGGCAGAAGGAGACCGACUGCAACACGGGGACAAAGGGGAACACAACCCGAAUGGUAUACCAUCCCGGGAUGCCGAGGGGAUGGUAGACAUUCAACCAGCCGACAUGCACUCGAAUGUAUUAGACCUAAGUGUGAGUCAGUACCAGGAUGAGAUACCAUCAAAGGGUAUAGUAGAGUUGGUAGAUACACAACCCACGGAUAAGGAUGCUGAUGUGUUAGCAGGAGACGUUCAGCAUCACGAGGAAAAGGUGCAACGGCAGCACAACGGGUUGUCAUCAAAGACUGGAGGGGCGGGGGUAGAGGAGCAAUCUUUAGAUGAAGGUGCUCAGACGCACACAGAUGCAGAAGAUGAGAACAUCGGAACGCCGAUCUCGCUCGAGCAGGCGGUGUUAAAGCAGCCCGCGCGCCAAAUAUGUACCAUCGCGACAUAUACGGAAGAAGCAGCUCAACACGGGCGAUGGCUGCCUGUGACCAGUGAGUCGGUAGGUAAGUCAAGCCACUCUCGCAGCGCAGCCGAAUGGUUUUCUCCGAAGACGAGGGAGCUUUACACUACCGCGCUGAAUAAGUGUUACGCACCGUUUGGUCUGGGCCAUGUGGACUUCUGCGCUGUGCCAAUGGACCAAACACCCGUCCACGUGUUUGUGCCCGACGCGUGCGCUCUACCGAAUCUGCAGCCCAAAACGUUUAUGGGUCGAAAGAUUCUACUAGUAGGAGACUCAGUCACAAGGGCCUUUGCCAUAGGCUUGAUCGCUUCUCUCUCGAAUGUGUGGGGCUUCCCAUACGACGUGACUGGUGCUGUGCGUCUAGAGAAGGUGCUGAGCUCAUUCUGCGUGGGAUGGCGUAAGCAGGCGGCGAUGGUGUGUUGGAUCACCCUCAAGAAAGAAUCAGCCGGUCUUCAGCUGAGCAGAGCUAUGCGUGUGGGCCAGAGAGACGAUGUUGUGGCGUUCAAUAUAGGGUUGCACUACCGUGAGAAGGAGGGAGGAUUGCGAGACUCGCUAGAAGAAGUUAAGAAUACUCUACGUGGAACAGAACCAGGGCAGCCAAAGACCUUCUCGCCGUCACAGUCUGGUACGGGCAGUUCUACGCCUCUGGUGGCGUACAUGGAGACUACACCACAGUGGUUUCAUCGAGGUUACUACACGCAGAAGCAAUGGCAGGUUAACGCAAUCGACUUCAUGACAGAUGGCGAGUAUGACCGGUGCCAUAUACUGAAUAGGACGAUUACUCCAGGGUUGCAUCCACUGGCCAAUCAGUUCAACGAUCAGACUCUUCCGGUCAUGCGGGGGCUGCACAAGCAGCAGCUUGUGGCUAUGGUUCCUCUGUGGCAUGCCUUUGCAAUGCUACCACCUGUCG